CUUUUUCGACAAAUUCUUCGUCAGCAGAGGACGCGUCGUUGGUUUCGAUUUGCUAUUCGCACCGGCGAAGGUAGGGUAAGCAUGCCCAUAAAACUGAUGAUAAUUUUCAUGACAAAAGAAAAGUAGACGCGUGUUUUGUUCUAUUGUCCAACCUUAUAUUCGUCUUCGUCACUGCUGACCAUCUUUGUAUGAGACUUUUGGGGGAAAAAAGAAGAAAGAGAAAGACAGAAAAGGGCGAUGGCGGGCACGCGUUUUUUCUACGCCUAGUUUUCGUGUCCCGCAAAACUGUUCCACCUUUUUAACCAAACCAAUAACGUCAUGGCCGAACAACAGCAACAGCAACAACCUUCACCUUCACCUUCACCUUCAUCGCCCAAUGCCGCUGUGUCACCGAUAUUACGAAGCAGCAAAUCACCAGGCACCCCAUUAAAUCCAGAUGAAGCGACCAAAAUGCUCAAUGAAGAGCACAUUACACGACUCACGGAAGACGCUGUUCGAAAGUUGACUCUUUAUACCCGCAAUGAGCUUCAAGCAACAACCGAAGAUUGUCAGUUGCUAGAGACAAUGAAUAAGACGACAAAGGAAAAAUAUGCAGACAUGUCCCAGAUGGGACAGCGGCUGAUGAAAGAGAUGUCUAGACUACAGAAUACUUAUGCGGAUUUUAGCACGUUCAUGGCACAGGUCGAUGAUAUCGACCAGCAAACCAUUGAAAUUGAAAAAGUCGCGCGCGCAUUGGAUGACUACUCACGCUAUCUAGAGGAUAAGCUUAUGAAAGCCAACCCCUCUUCCUCCGGUCCAACAUAACUGUACAAUGUUCGAUGAUGAAGAAAAGGAACCCGCAACAAUGGGAUCCCUUCGCGAUGUAGCUCAAGGAUGAUCAAGCCUCGGUC